UGCAUUGUUCAGUGUGACAAUACCUCCUCCCAAACCAAUGGACGAAUCCACCGCAUGCCGGACUGUGCAACAAGUCUUCUCCCUCGUCAGAGCUCAAGGCAGCACCGAUCAUCUCGGCGAACGCAUCUCCCAACUCGCCCACUCUCUGCAAGCCGCCACUCUCGCUCAGCAAUUCCAUGCCUCCGAAGACACAAUCCUCAGGGCUUUGCUCCACGAUAUUGGACGCUUCAUACCAGCGGCCGAGAAAAUGGAAAGCAUGACCGCAGCCGAUGGAACGUAUGUUGGUAAAGCAAGCUACGAACUUGUGGGAGAGAGGUAUUUGAGAAGUCUGGGCUUCAGCGAGAAGAUCUGUGCGUUGGUGGGCGCGCAUGUGGUUGCGAAGAGGUACUUGACGGCCGUUGAGGAUGGGCAUUGGGAGGCGUUGAGUGAGAGUAGUAAGACGACUUUGCGGUAUCAGGGCGGGCCGUUCACUGAUGCUGAAGUCGCGGAAGCUCGCAAAGAUCCGCUCCUGGAAGACAAGCUCGCAGUGAGACGAUGGGACGACCAAGCCAAGGAUACCAAUAUGACUACACCAGACCUCCAAAGCUUUGAGGAUAUGGCAGUACGGUCUUUGCUG